CCGUCGCUGCCGCGUCCGCGGGAAACCACCCAGCCCCACACCCUGGAGCGGGCGCAAGAUGAAGUCUACCACUCGAGAACGCAGCAACCACCAGAGACACCUGGCCAAUUCUGGGGGCUGGGUCCCCGUCAAAGAGUACAGCCCCGAGUACCAGGGAGCUGACAUGGCUGAAAUAGAUGCCCGCCUGAAGGCUUUGCAAGAAUACAUGAACAGGCUGGACACGCGGUCAUGACCCUGGAGAGGUGGUACCCUGAUUUCCCAUUCUGCCAUCCGUGGGUCUGGUGUGGAGGCAACGCCCCUCCCAUGCUCCACACCUCUAGGUGCUCCUGGAGUCUCAGGUGUGUGAGGCCCGGACUCCCCUCUCUCCCAAUAAUGCAUUCUAGGAGAAGAGAGUAUGUGUAUUUUGUAAAUAAAUGUGGUUGUUCUUGGC